AUGGCGCCCUCGCGCGCGCGCGCGCGGUUGGAGGACGCGUACGAGCGCGCGUCGGUCCCCGCGCGCGCGGCGAACGUGGAUGGGUCCGACGUCCUGGGCGCUGGGAAUUUUGGCACCGCGCGGUUGAUGCGACGGCGACGCACCGGUGAGCUCGUCGCGGUGAAGUUCAUCGAACGCGGCGCGCACGUGGAUGAAAACGUGAAGCGAGAGUUGGUGAAUCAUCGAGGGCUGACGCAUCCGAACGUCGUGGGGUUCAUCGAGUGCGCGGUGACGGAUAAACACCUGGCGAUCGUGUUGGAGUACGCGAGUGGGGGGGAACUGUUCGAUCGAGUGCUGAAAUCGCCGGGAGGACACUUUGCGGAGGCGGAGGGGCGGUAUUUUUUUCAGCAGCUCAUCUCGGGCGUGGCGUAUUGUCACGCGAAAGGCGUGGCGCAUCGGGAUUUGAAGUUGGAGAAUGCGCUCUUGGACGGCGGCGCGGUGCCGAGGUUGAAGAUUUGUGACUUUGGUUACUCGAAGAAUUCAUUCAUCGAUAGCGAUCCGAAGAGCACGGUGGGAACGCCGGCGUACAUCGCUCCCGAGGUGCUCGAGCGGAAGCCGUACGACGGGAAGACGGCGGACGUGUGGUCGUGCGGCGUGACGCUCUUCGUGAUGCUCUGCGGGAAAUAUCCGUUUGAGGACAGGCGACGGCCGAGAGAUUUUAGGAGUACCAUCGUCAAGAUCCGUAAUUGCGAGUACGAGAUUCCACGAAACGUAGUUCUUAGUCCUGGGUGCGUGGACUUGAUAAAACGCAUCUUCGUCGUGGACCCGCAGCGACGGAUUGAUAUUCCAGGGAUCCAGGCGCACCCGUGGUUCGUCACAGAUCUCCCGCUCGAGCUCGUCGAUGCGAAUGGAAUCAACGAUGCGGCGCCACGCACGUCAAUGACCGUAGAGGACAUUCUUGCUGUCGUCGAGGAGGCCAAGGUGCCUCACGGUGGCGAACAGCAUCAUCGCGAGUUGGAGGAUGACCAUCACGACAUGGUGACGAGCGGCGAGUUCGACGACGACGAUAUGGCAGCUUCAUUGUCACGCAGCGCGCGCGCGUUUCGCUCGGGGUCUCGCAGAAAUAAUUCAUGGUUGACGCUCGGCUCCGUCACACGGCGACUGUGGCCCCCGUCGGCUCCUGGGAUGAUUUUCGACGCUUUCUUUGUCUUGCUCGCGCGCGCGAUUCGCUCUGCCGAUUUUGUAUUGAUGCAGACUACGUGCUGA